UAAAAUUACUGACCAAAGCAUUACUGAAUACAGUAAUCACAGUUUGAGUUGGGAGCAUGGGCUGACACGACGAACCCUCUGGAUUGAGACCUAAAUACAAGAAGUAAAUUUGAUUGGCGUGCUGCAAAAGAUCUUAAUGUUACAAACUAGUAUCAAUGACGGAAAUGCCCUUUAACUAUUGAUAAAGCUAUCUCGUAAAUUUGACCGUAUUUAGGGCUAACUUCCUUGUAUUUUCUCUUUCUUUUUUCACCCUUCCUGGCUUUCAGCGCUUGAGAAUGGAGCUCUUUUGGACAUUGGUUCUAUCCGCGAUGGUCUUGGGUCUUUUGCUGUUGUUAUUUCAGGAACACUCGUCUCGAUACCAGAGGAUGCCGCCCGGUCCGACCCCACUGCCUUUAAUCGGGAACAUGCUUCAGCUGAACUCAAAAGCAUUCCAUGAGAGUUUUAUGGAGCUGAAAGAGAAGUAUGGACCCGUAAUGACGGUGCACCUGGGCCCGAUGCCCCUCGUCGUUCUUGUUGGGUUUGAAGCGGUUCAUGAAGCGCUGGUUCAACAGGCUGACGUGUUUGCUGGGAGAGCGGUACCGCCUCUGAUUAAGGAGCUCUCUCUUGACUGCGGUUUUGUGCAAAGCAAUGGAGAACGCUGGAAACAACUCCGUCGCUUCUCCCUGUCCACCUUGCGAGAUUUUGGAAUGGGACGGAGCAGGAUUGAGAAGUGGAUUCAAGAAGAAGUUAAAUAUCUCAUUAAUGAAUUCCGAAAAACCAAAGGAUCUCCAUGUGAACCCACCCUCUUUUUGAACCGGGCUGUGUCCAAUGUCAUCUGCUCCAUUGUAUUUGGUCAGCGGUUUGAUUACCAAGAUGAAAACUUUGUCAAACUCCUGACUUUGGUUGACAACAGUAUGCAUUUGUUCAGCAAACCCAUUACACUGCUGUAUAACAUAUUUCCAGCACUCAUUAAAUUAAUACCUGGACAUUUCAAGAAGAUGUUAUUCAACGUGAAUGAAAUAAAACAAUUUACUUCAGCAAUUAUUGAUAAGCAUAAAGCAACGCUGGUUAGUGACAGUCCUCGGGAUUUUAUAGACAGCUUCCUCAUCAAAAUGAAACAGGAAAGUAAGAACCCUAAUACAGAGUUCAACUAUGACAACUUAAGCAUCAUAAUUUUAGAUUUCCUUACUGCGGGAAUGGAGACCACCAGCACAACACUGCGAUAUGGGCUGCUGAUCCUCAUGAAAUAUCCCCACAUACAAGAAAAGGUCCAGAAAGAGAUUGAUGCGGUGAUUGGUCGAGACCGUGCUCCUGCUAUGGAGGACCGGAGGAAAAUGCCCUACGCUGAUGCUGUAUUCCAUGAAAUCCAGAGGUUCAUUGAUCUUCUCCCCUUAAAUGUUUUGCAUAUGACAACAAAGGACACUGUCUUUAGAGGCUACACCAUUCCAGAGGGUACAAUGGUGGUCCCCAUGCUUCACUCGGUGAUGUUUGAAAAGACAAAAUGGGCAACCCCAGACUCCUUCAAUCCCGGUCACUUCCUGGAUGAAAAUGGCUGCUUCAGAAUGAGUUCCUCUUUCAUGCCGUUUUCUACAGGAAAGCGCAAAUGUGCAGGUGAAGGUCUAGCCAUGAUGGAGCUCUUUUUGUUUUUCUCAACCCUCUUGCAGAACUUCUCAUUUUUCCCCACAGAGGAACCUGCCAAUAUCAGCUUGUCACCAGAUUCCAAGUUAAUUUUUAAAAUUCUCAGGCCAUAUAAAUUUAUGGCCAUUCCCCGAUAGCAAGAGAGUAAAUAUUUGAGAACAGAACUACAUCGAACACAAGAAGAGAUUAAACAAGCAAGCAAUUACAUACUAUAAGAAUAUUCUUAAUUUGAGGACAUUUUCACUAUGUUAAAUGAAGUCUGCCAAUGUCUGUCCUUUUGUUAAUCUUUUUGCUUCAUGAUGUAUUUUGAAAGGUACUAUAUGGAAAAUCUGUUAGUAGAAAACUAAAAUGCACAAAAAGGAAAUUAACAGAUUUCAUUAUCACUACUACUUAGUUUUGGUUAAUUAUUAUAAAAGAAAUUCCCAAAGCAUUUCCUACUCUGGAUUGUAGAGUAAUGCCAAUGACUGUUUUCUUUCCCAGUGUGCACCAGCUGAGAUUCCUUUUGGUACUGUGAACUUUCAGUGCACUUUUUCUUUAAAAAUUAAUUUAGCUUUGUGGUGCCCAGUCGAAAAAUGUCAGUGCACAUUUUAGGAUUUUUAUUAUAAAGGUUUUUCUUCAUUGAUGAUGCUACUUUAUAUUCCCGAGAAGUUCCCUAAGUUUGAAUCUCCAAUUAGUGAGUAUAAGGCAAUGUGUGACAGCAACAUUACCAAUCCUGGAGCAAUGGUGGCGAAAAGUUCUAACAGUAAAAAUGAGUUAAAAAGUCCACAGAGCCUGCCUAUUUAAAGGUGGCACAACGUUUUUUUGUUUACAUGUUCAAAUGAAUUUGAAAUCUGACAUGACUGGGCACUAAUAUCUGUUUUGAAGCUUCAAAACUAAUAAAAAUGAAUUCAUUUGUCAAA